AUGACCCUAACACUCAGUAAUAUAGAUUACAACAUCAGUCCCAAGUUCCGCGCCGGGGUGUUAGGCGGAACGGGCACAGUUGGACAGAACUUGGUCUUGCUGCUGGCGAACCAUCCAUGGAUCACCGUGGUCGCCAUUGGAGCAUCCGAACGGAAUGCGGGCAAACGGUAUCAAGACGUUUGGCGCAACUGCAGACCUUGUCCCGAGGUGGUGAAAGAUAUCGUCCUUUGGGACGCCCUCCAGGACAAAAAGAAGUUUAUUACUGGCGACCUAGAUCUGGUAUUUUCCGCCUUGGAUUCGGAGCUGGCCGUCCAAGUGGAGAGUGAUCUGGCAGCGUCAGGGUUAGCUGUGUUUUCUAAUGCAUCGAGCCACCGCGGCGACAUCGACGUGCCUAUUGUAUUGCCCUUGGUAAACCCAGGACAUUUAGAGCUUGUUAAAAUUCAGAGAUUUUAUGCCAAGUCCGGAGGCUACAUUGUUACUAACUCGAACUGUUCUACCGCUGGUUUUGUCACGGCAUUAAAGGCGCUGCAAGACGCAUUUGGAGUCGACAGCGCUAUCUGUACUACUAUGCAAGCAGUCUCCGGCGCGGGGAACCCUGGUCCUCACUGGAACCAGAUAGACAGUAAUGUUGUUCCUUAUAUACCCGGAGAAGAAGAAAAGAUUGAAAAUGAAACGAAAAAAAUACUCGGCAAAUUGCCGGUCUCCGCUGAGCAGGCACCUGCGCUCGAUGCACACACGUGUGCGGCGGAAAAAAAUACUGGGAAAGAGACAGACGGGUCGACGUCCGUAGAGCACCAGGACGAACGACCACCGCUAUCUGAUGCCUCGUCGUCAACUAGCGGCCGAGGAACGGUUUGUGCCGUAUACGGGAAAAUUCAUGGUAUCAUACCAAACGAUCAAAUCAGGAUAUCAGCCUCUGUAAAUCGAGUUCCUGUGGUGGAUGGACACACCAUGUCGGUGUCUGUAAAGCUUACUAAGCCGCCGUUAGAUGAAAACAUGAAGCUGAAUACAUCCGCUAUAGAAGAGGCCUUCGAGAACUUUACGUUCAGCAUACCCGACAUGGAUAAAUUGCCAGUAAUUCCUAGCAAAUUUAUACAAGUGUUUAGGAGCUUGGAUGAGCCUCAGCCCAAGUUCCAUUCGCAGAUCGGAAACGGAAUGACGGUUUCAAUCGGGAAGGUUCGUGCUUGUAGCGUCCUUGAUGUUAAAUUCACUUUGGUCGUAAACAAUGCCAUCCUGGGCGCCGCAGGAGGGGCUGUUGCUAACGCUGAACUAGCCAUUGCUAGUAGGAUUCUGUUAUAA